UGGAGGCCCAGCGGAGAGGGAACCCAGGUCUCCCGAGGGUCCCACCGCUCCCUGGCCAGCACAGGGUUGAGGCGCCGCGGGCAGAGUCGAGGCCUGAAGGGACUAGUUGGCGCACGCCGGAGGGGCGCGGUGACGUCAGGGCGGAAGCGCACGCUGCGUGAAGCGGCCCAGAACCCGGCGGUCACGGGAAUAUCCGUCGCGCCGAGGACGCUGGUUAGUCUCUCUCCGGGUUCCGGCUGCGUUGGGCGUGCGUGCAGCUCGCUGAGACCAUGGCGUCCGGGCCUCACCCCACCGCGACCGCUGCCGCCGCCGCCUCCUCGGCCGCCCCGAGUGCGGGCGGCUCCAGCUCCGGCACGACGACCACGACGACGACCACGACGGGAGGGAUCCUAAUCGGCGACCGCCUGUACUCGGAAGUUUCGCUCACCAUCGACCACUCGCUGAUACCGGAGGAGCGGCUCUCGCCCACCCCGUCCAUGCAGGACGGGCUCGACCUGCCCAGCGAGACGGACUUGCGCAUCCUGGGCUGCGAGCUCAUCCAGGCCGCCGGCAUUCUCCUUCGGCUGCCGCAGGUGGCGAUGGCAACGGGGCAGGUGUUGUUUCAUCGUUUUUUCUAUUCCAAAUCUUUCGUCAAGCACAGUUUCGAGAUUGUUGCCAUGGCUUGUAUUAAUCUUGCAUCAAAAAUCGAAGAAGCGCCUAGAAGAAUAAGAGAUGUGAUUAAUGUAUUUCACUACCUACGCCAGUUAAGAGGAAAAAGGACUCCAAGCCCCCUGAUCCUUGAUCAGAACUACAUUAACACCAAAAAUCAAGUUAUCAAGGCAGAGAGGAGGGUGCUAAAGGAGUUGGGAUUUUGUGUUCAUGUCAAGCAUCCCCAUAAGAUCAUUGUUAUGUAUUUACAAGUCUUAGAAUGUGAACGUAAUCAAACCCUGGUUCAAACUGCCUGGAAUUAUAUGAAUGACAGUCUUCGAACCAAUGUAUUUGUUCGAUUUCAACCAGAGACUAUAGCAUGUGCUUGCAUCUACCUUGCAGCUAGAGCUCUUCAGAUUCCAUUGCCAACUCGUCCCCAUUGGUUUCUUCUUUUUGGUACUACUGAAGAGGAGAUCCAGGAAAUCUGCAUAGAAACGCUCAGGCUUUAUACCAGAAAAAAGCCAAACUAUGAAUUGCUGGAAAAAGAAGUAGAGAAAAGAAAAGUGGCUUUACAAGAAGCCAAAUUAAAAGCAAAGGGAUUGAAUCCCGAUGGAACUCCAGCCCUUUCAACCCUUGGUGGAUUUUCUCCAGCCUCUAAACCAUCAUCACCAAGAGAAGUAAAAGCUGAAGAGAAGUCCCCGAUCUCCAUUAAUGUGAAGACAGUCAAAAAAGAACCUGAGGAUAGACAACAGGCUUCCAAAAGCCCUUACAAUGGUGUAAGAAAAGACAGCAAGAGAAGUAGAAAUAGCAGAAGUGCAAGUCGAUCAAGGUCAAGAACACGAUCACGUUCUAGAUCACAUACUCCAAGAAGACAUUAUAAUAAUAGGCGGAGUCGAUCUGGAACAUACAGCUCGAGAUCAAGAAGCAGGUCCCGCAGUCACAGUGAAAGCCCGAGAAGACAUCACAAUCAUGGUUCUCCUCACCUUAAAGCCAAGCAUACCAGAGAUGAUUUAAAAAGUUCAAAUAGACAUGGUCAUAAAAGGAAAAAGUCUCGUUCUCGAUCUCAGAGCAAGUCUCGGGAUCACUCAGAUGCUGUCAAGAAACACAGGCAUGAAAGGGGACACCAUAGGGACAGGCGUGAAAGAUCUCGCUCCUUUGAGAGGUCUCAUAAAGGCAAGCACCAUGGUGGCAGUCGCUCAGGACAUGGCAGGCACAGGCGCUGACUUUCUUCCUUUGAGCCUGCAUCAACUUCUGAUUUUGGCUAUCUACAGUGUGAUGUAUGGACUCAUAAUUGAAACAAACAUUAAAAGCAAACUGAUUAGGAUUUGAUUUCUUAAAAUUCUCUAGGUCUCUAGAAACACUGAGGACAUUUUCUUUUGGAAAGAACUAUGUUUGGUUUUUUUGUUUUUUUUUUUUUUUUUUUUUUUGCACAUAAAAUGCCCUAGCAGUAUCUAAUUGAAAACCUUGGUCAGGUUCAAUUGUAAUUAUUAUAGUUGUGUAUUGUUUAUUGCUAUAAGAACUGGAGCGUGGAUUCUGUAAAAAUGUAUCUUAUUUUUAUACAGAUGAAAUUGCAGACACUGUUCUAUUUAAGUGGUUAUUUGUUUAAAUGAUGGUGAAUACUUUCUUAACACUGGUUCGUCUGCAUGUGUAAAGAUUUUUACA